UCGUUAACUUCUCGGCCAGUUCUGAGAUCAGUAGAACCUAUUGGUAAAUGGUUUGAAAGUUAUUGGCGUGGAUCAGAUAAAAAUCAAACGUAUAAUGCCAUUGGAGACCCUUACAGAGUUCCAGCGGAGGAAAGUAGCGCGGAAUCAACUAGCCUAUGUAUUGAAGAUGAAAUUAGCGAAGAUUACUUAGCUAGUUUAGAUCCAAGGGAGUGGAAAUCCCAAGAUCAUUACUCUAUAUUGGGAUUAAAAUCUCUGCGAUUCCGUGCAAGUGAAGAACAAAUUAAACGCUGUUACAAGCAAACGGUAUUAAAGUAUCAUCCUGAUAAAUCUACUAGGGAAGUAGGACGUAAUAAUAUUGAAAUUACAGAGGCAAUAUUUACAUGUAUAACCAAAGCAUAUGAGAUUCUAGGUCAUUCACAGAAAAGGAAGGCUUAUGACAGCAUUGAUCCGACCUUUGAUGAUAGUAUUCCACCACCUUGUGUGAACUCUAAAGAAAAUUUUUUUAAAUCCUUUACUCCCUGCUUUGAAUCGAAUGCAAGAUUUUCUAUCAUUCAACCGGUUCCGUCACUUGGAGACGAAAAUACAAGCUUCAAGGACGUUGAGACUUUUUAUAACUUUUGGUAUAAUUUCGAGUCCUGGCGAGAAUUUUCCUAUCAGGAUGAAGAAGAUCUCAGUAAAGCUGAGAACCGUGAAGAACGCAGAUGGAUGGAGAAACAGAACAAAGUAGCAAGACAGAAGAAGAAAAAAGAAGACAGCGGAAGAAUUAGACAGUUGGUUGAUAAUGCAUAUUCUUGUGAUCCACGCAUUAAGAAAUUUAAGGAGGAACAAAAAGAGAGAAAAGCCGCGUUAAAAAAGGCAAAGAUUGAAGCUGCGAGAGCUUUACAAGAAGAAAAUGAGAGGAUUCGACGGAUGAAACUAGACGAAGAACGAAAAAGAAAUGAAAUAUUACAAAAAGAGGAGAAAGAGAAGGCCGAUAAAAUUAAGCGAGAACGAGAAGAAUUAAAAAAAAUGCUUAAGAAAGAGCGGAAAACUCUUCGGACGAUAUGCAAACGACACAACUAUUUUGCUAAUAGCGACGAGGAACGCCUAAAAGGAAUGGAGGAAGUAGAAUCUUUAUGUAAUAAUUUAACAUUAGAUCAACUCAAAUCUUUGAAUAGCGAUAUGUCUGCUGGUAAUGCUGAGACCAUUGGUGUAAUUUUUCGAAAUCAUAUCGAAGAAGUACUCAAAAAGUUACGUGAGAUCCAAUUACGUGAUGAGCUUCCAGUCAGUCAAGAUCAAACAACUAAAGGUGAGAAUAGUAGCAACCGUUCUUCCAGAUCCUGGAAUGAUGAAGAAGAGCAACUGCUAGUCAAGGCUGUUAAAGUUUUUCCUCCUGGAACGGUAGAUAGGUGGGAUUGUAUAGCUUCGUUUUUAAAAGUUCACGGGUCAGACCAUAUUAAUCGAACUUCGAAAGAAGUAAUUGCUAAAGUUAAAGCAAUGCAAAAUGAAGGAUUUGAGACUCGAAAGCAAAAAGCGAAUGAAGAUGCCUUUUCCUCAUUUAGUAAAUCGCAAUUUAAAGAUGUUGAUGCAAACAGUGAUAGUAGCUCAGUAAGCCAUGAGAAAAAUAACGUCGAAGAACCAUGGACAGCUAAUGAGCAAAAGCUAUUGGAAAAGGCUUUGAAAACCUAUCCUUCGUCAGUUCCCGAACGUUGGGACAGGAUCGCUGCGGCUAUACCCGGGCGCACGAAAAAAGAAUGUUUAAAAAGAUAUAAGGAACUUGCUGCACUAGUCAAAGCUAAAAGAGCA